AUGGUCGCCUUCAGCACGCUCGCCCUCGGCCUCGCCGCCGCAACCGGCAUCUUCGCCGCCCCGGCGGCCGAGCCCGCCGCCGAAGCUGCCUUCGACGCCCCAGACUUCGAGUUCUCCUCCGCCAAGUCGCUCGACCGCCGCCAGGACUACAACCAGAACUACAAGACCUCCGGCAACGUGAACUUCAGCCCCACCAACAACGGGUACAGCGUCCAGUUCUCGGGUGCUGGUGACUUCGUCGUCGGCAAGGGCUGGAAGACGGGAACCACUCGCAACAUCAACUUCUCCGGCUCUACCACUGCCAGCUCCGGCACCGUCCUCGUCUCCGUCUACGGCUGGACCACCAACCCCCUGGUCGAGUACUACGUGCAGGAGUACACCUCCAACGGCGCCGGUAGCGCGCAGGGCCAGAAGGUCGGCUCUGUCACCUGCGACGGCUCUGUCUAUGACAUCUGGAAGCACCAGCAGGUCAACCAGCCUUCCAUCCAGGGCACUUCCACUUUCUGGCAGUACAUUUCCAACCGUCAGACUAAGAGGCCCGGCAGCGGCACCGUGACCACUUCCUGCCACUUCGACGCUUGGAAGAAGCUCGGUCUCAACCUGGGAACCCACAACUACCAGACCCUGUCUACUGAGGGCUGGGGCAACGCUGGUGGCAGCUCCCAGUACACCGUCAGCGGAUCGUAG